AUGCCCGCUAUUGGGGAAUCUUUUGUCCCUUUUCCAAGUGCUGCAGAUGAGCCUGGUGCUGCAGAUGAGCCUGGUGCCGCUUUCAACGAGCCUGGUGCUGCUUUCAACGAGCCUGGUGCUGCUUUCAACGAGCCUGGUGCUGCGGAUGAGCCUGGUGCCGCUUUCAACGAGCCUGGUGCUGCUUUCGACGAGCCUGGUGCUGCUGAGGAUUCCACCGAUAGAUUGCAUCCGACGAAGGUCUGCCUUGAGGAUGUAGCUCUUUACCAGCACUGGAAAAGCAUGUCCUCAAAGAGGAGAGCUAAACGAACACGAGCUCUUGUUGCAAGGGUCUCCCGAUUCCAGGGAAAGAUGGCUUAG